CUGUCUCUCGCUCUCUCUCCUUCUGCGGACCUACAGACCCGAACACAAACAGAGACCGGGACCGGACCGGACCGGGACACAACAUACUCACAGGACAGACAACAGAAGAAGCAAAAAAGAAGAAACGACAGGAACCAUGACAGAAAACACCAAAACGCACGUCAUCCUGCUGUCCUGCGGCAGCUUCAACCCCAUCACCAAGGGACACAUCCAUAUGUUCGAAAAAGCCCGAGAAUAUCUGCACAAAACGGGUCGCUUCAUCGUGAUCGGAGGAAUCAUCUCCCCGGUGCACGACUCCUACGGGAAACCUGGUCUAGUUCCCAGCAGACAUCGUCUCACCAUGUGUCAGCUGGCCGUCCAGUCCUCUGAUUGGAUCAGGGUGGACCCCUGGGAGUGUUACCAGGACACCUGGCAGACGACCUGCAGCGUGCUGGAGCAUCACCGCGACCUCAUGAAGAGAGUCACCGGCUGCAUUCUGUCCAACGUCAACACGCCGUUGACGACUCCUGUGAUUGGUCAGCCACAGAACGAGACUCCGCCCAUCUACCAGAACCACAACAACAUGAAUCACAAGCCCACAGCCAUCAAACUGUGGGGGAAGAUCAGCGAGAAUUUGGGGAAGAUCUGCUGCGUCCGCCCUCACAUCGAACGCUUCACCUUCGUCGAUGAAAACGCAAACCUGGGCACCGCCAUGAGAUACGAGGAGAUCGAGUUACGCAUCUUGCUCCUGUGUGGCAGUGAUCUCCUGGAGUCCUUCUGCAUCCCUGGCCUGUGGAAGGACAGUGAUAUGGAGGUGAUCGUGGGGGAUUUUGGGAUCGUGGUUGUUCCUCGUGAUGGAGCCGACACAGAGAAGAUCAUGAAUCACUCCUCCAUUCUCCGCAAGUUCAAGGACAACAUCACCGUGGUGAAAGACGGGAUGAGCCACCCGAUGUCCAUCGUCAGCUCAACCAAGAGCAGACUGGCCCUGCAGCACGGUGAUGGCCAUGUUGUGGACUACCUGAGUCAGCCCGUCAUUGACUACAUCCUACAGAGUCAGCUCUACAUCAACGCCUCUGGAUAGACACAACAACCUGCCUGCAAAGAAACCCCAAAACGUCCUUCUUUGUCUUCUGUGUCAAACAUAUACUCUUCUUUGAGCUUUUCCAAACCGGAGCAUUAGUGUCCCUACUUCUGUCUGUGUCAUGACGUUACCAUCAGGGAGGGGGCCAGGGUGGGUGGCAGCAAUUUUGGGAUGAGAUUGGGGUGUUGUUGAGCAAGUAUGGAGGUCAUCUUUAAGGGCUGCAGGGGUGUCAUCAAUGUAUUUUCACUGCAGUGGUAACAGCAGUGUUUUCUCUGUUUGUUAUGUCUUUAUUAAAAGUUUGGGGUUGCAUGACACACAACCAGGCAUGCUCAGUGUACCAGGGUCUGAUGGGAAAAAAAA